AUGUCUGUCUACACUGGAGAGUCCCGCGGCGAGCUCCUCGCAUGGCUCAACGAGCUGCUCGCGCCCAACGUCAUCACCAAGGUCGAAGAGUGCGGCAAGGGCGUCAUCUACUGCCAGGUCCUUGACUCGAUCUAUGGCGACCUGCCGAUGCAGCGCGUCAAGGUCAACGCCAAGAUGGAGUACGAGUACCUCGAGAACUUUAAGAUUCUUCAGAAGGCGUUCGCCAAGCACCGUAUUGACAAGCCCGUCCUCGUCGAGAGGCUUGUCAAACAACAGUCAUCCUCUUUGCAAGAGUUGUGCUACACGGAGCGUGUCCUCUUCCCCGAUCCCACCUCCACCCCAACCUGCGCGAUCGCCCCAGCCAUGUCCACGCUAACCGACAGGUGUAAGAUGCAGGACAACCUCGAGUUCCUCCAGUGGAUGAAGAAGUUCUGGGACAGCAACUCGCGUGGAGAGGAGUACAACGCUCUUGAGAGGACCGGCGGUAUCGCCCACUCGACCAGUGCUCCCUCGGGCUCGCGCAACGUUUCAUCGGGUGUUCGUGCCGCUGCCACUCGUCCUAUUGGCGGUGCUGGGCCGCGUGCGCCAUCCGCUGCGUCUGCCGCCCAGGUCCAGCUCCUCAACGGACAGAUCCAGGAGAUGCAGGCAACCUGCGAGGGGCUCGAGAAGGAGCGUGACUUCUACUUUGCAAAGCUCCGCUCCAUCGAGCUCAUUGUUGGCGACAGGAUUAACCUCGACGGCAUUGACCCUGCUGAGAGGGAUACGCUUGCCAAGAUCCAGGAGGUGCUGUACCAGACCGAGGACGGAUUCGAGGUGCCAGACGGCGAGGAGCUGCCACUUGAGGACGAGGACGAGGAGACCUUCUAG